CCACAAAAUAUGAGCUCGACACCUGUCCAGGACCCCCCAGCCCAGGGAAUGUCCUCUGACAGUGGGCAGACGUUACCCUCCCGACCCUUGCAGCCCAGUUCUGAUCCUUCAGUCUCUAAAAGAGUUUGCUUCUACAAAAGUGGUGAUUAUAAAUUUAGUGGACAUCGUAUGAUUAUCACUGGACGCACCUUCAAGACAUUUGAUGCUCUGCUGGAUGCUCUGUCCAAGAAAGUGCCUCUGCCUUUUGGAGUUAGGACUAUCUGCACACCUCAAGGAACACACCUUGUGAAAGCUUUAGAUGACUUGCAGGAUGGGGGAGCCUAUGUGUGCUCUGAUCAGAAACGAGUGAAACCACUAAACCUUGAUGAAGUGAAUCGUAGGCAGGUACCUUGGAACACCACCAGACCACUCAGUGCAGGGCGACAAAGGCGUCAAGGACUCAGACUUGGUCAGUUUGGCAGAGAGAAUGGUGCAACCAACAGGCCAGCAAAAGUCACCGACAGGAUGGCAGUCCGGACGCCAAAGAAGCUUGUGGUCAUCAAGAACAGGGAUCCCACUGUUAAACGUACAAUUGUGUUGCAGCGAAGAACAGCACCAACAUUUGAUGCUUUGCUGGAUUACCUGUCUCAGAUCCUGCAGUUUCCAGUGCUGAAAAUUUACUCUACGGAUGGCAGAAGAGUUGAUGGUCUUGCUGCACUUAUCUUAUGCUCUGGCAUUGUUGUGGCUGCGGGCAAUGAGCCAUUCAGAUUAGGAAACCACAGUUCACACAGAACAGCCCAGAUGGCUCAGAUCAUGCACAUUGAGACUGGGGACCCACCGAUGUUACAGCCAGGAACUCAGAAGAACAAAUCUUUCUCAAGUGGUAGAGGCUCAAAGAACUUCUCUCUGUCAUCGGAGCGAUACAUCAUCAACCAGAUAAACAAGUCUCAGAAUGGAAGCAUGAACAACUACUUGCAUCACAGCAACAGAUCUUUUGAACCAGAGGCCAAUCAGCAUCACACUUCCAUUACAUGUGAAGCUGGGAGAGAAGAUAAUGAGAAUCAUACUUGCAUCAUACCAAACGAUGAUGAUAUUGAAAAAUCUUUCUGUGUGAAUCAAGAUGGCAGCAUGACGGUGGAGAUGAAAGUUCGUCUGACCCUUAAAGAGGAAGAGAUGCUCCACUGGACUACCACACUCAGCCGCUCCAGCCUUAGUAAGAGGACAGUUUGUGCCUCCCUUUCUGGGUCGGGCAACAGCUCACCUGACUCAAACAAUGCCAUUGCCAAAGACUCCUCAAAUAUCCAAGAGGACGAAACAAAAGAGGAGAACUAUCAUGUAGAAGCAGGAAAAGGUGUCGGCUUUAAUGACGAGAGAUUAUAUGAAGGCUAUACUUCAACAAGUGUGGGGAAAGCAAAAGGUUUCAAGCGCUCUCCUACACCAGGCCCUCGACAUGUUAAUAAGAAAACGUCUGUGGAGAGUUUGAAGAGGGUUACAGAGGCAGGGGUCCAAGAAAGCACCCUGGGACAUUAUUCCUACAUGGAGAGGACGGCUAAUGGUGAGACAACUGAGGGAUACUGUGUUGUCAGACACAGCAGCAGCAGCAAUAGACCGGUCCCAAAACCUCGGAAAACAGCUUCAGCAGAAAUGAGCAACAAUUGCCCUUCCAUCAGGUCGUCAGAGGUAGCCGAGGUCCUUCAGAUACGAAAUGACGGGAUGGAGGUUACAGAGACUGUGAUGCAUAUUUAUGAGAGCCAAGGCUGCUAUGACAACUAUUUUGCAAAUGAAGAAUACAGUGCAGAUGACACUUCUUUACAUGACUCUCCAUCGGUGGCAGAAAGCAAACCAUCCACAGACUCAUCCAGCAAUGACUGUGAUAUAGAUUGUAAUUGGCAGCCACCCACUGCUGACUCACAACAGAGGCAGAAAGAGGAGAUGCUAUCACUGUCAUCAGAGCCAGAAUCUCAUCAGGUUACAAAUAAUUUAACUUUAGUGACCGAUAAGGAAGCUCAUACUGCAGUUAAAACUGUCAAAAAUGACAAUACCCUGAAAAGCACAAAGGAAAAAAGCAUUGUACGGCCAGCUGGAAAUCAAAAGAGUUCAGUUUCAACAAGCAGCACAGAUAAGAAACAAAAGGACAGCAUAAUCAGCUCAUCAAAACGCAGCAAAUAUUCAUCAACUGACAAGCUUAGCAGUGAUGCUAGUGUGGGACAAAAGAGCCAGAAUUCAUUAAAAAGUUCUAGAAGUGAUCCAAAGAAAAAGAAAACACAAAGGCCUCAGUCUACUAAAUCAAUUAAAGACGAAAAAUCAUCCAGAAAGGAUACGGUUUCUUUAGUUGGCUCUCAAAAUCUUAAAAUCAACUCACAAAGCACCAAUAAAUUAACUGCUAAGGAUAAUGGCCAUAACGUAAAUACGCCAACUGGAAGGCCUCCCAUGAAGAAGAACAUGUCAGAAAUUUUACAAACCAAAAAAUCAUCAAGUACAACAACAAUCAGAAAGCCAAAGUCCAUGACUGAAUAUAAUCUGUCACCACCCAAAAAGUCUGUAGAACUGAGUGAGAGUGGUUCAAUGCCUUCUCUCAAUCCCUCACCCUCUGAAGUCCACCAGUAUGUUGAGACCUGGUUGGAGAAAGUUAGCCCAGACCAAGUGCCAUACAUAGAGGAGCCGAUCACAGAUGUAACAGAACCUCGCACAAAGGUUGUAUUUAAGAUAGGUGGUGACUCCGAAUCAGAUGAGCUAGAUGGAUCCCAGAAUACCUUAAAUGAUGCUUUGAAGAAGUCAUCCUCCUGUCUCUCAGUUCCUCUCUGCCAUGAAGAACCAUCAAGAGGGCUGCUUCAGAUCGACCAGAGAACACGAGGUUUAUGUGUUUCAAUGCCAAGUGUCAGAGCUGACCCUGAGCACCAGGAGAACAGGCUGUGGUCACACAAAUCAGCAGAGGCAAUCUGUCCAAAUGAAAGCGAAACAUCGUCAGCCAGCAUGUUGAGCCCCAAAGCAAAGAUAAAACCUGUCCUUCGGCAGCUUUGUUCAUCAAUUCAGUGUAUCAGAAGAGCAUCUACCAGCAACACACCUACUCUUCACAAUUCCAACAGCCUUCCUGAUUUUUCAACACAAGUGGCCUCCGUGUUUGGCUCAUCAUGUAAAGCCUUCUUGUCCUUCUUGUCAGUAAUGACUCUGAGAGAGAGCCUAAAAGGCUCCACAGCAGGGGAGAGUGACCAGUCAAGAACCACCUCUGAGGCCAUGCUAAUGAUGGAAUCCCUGCAGAAAAUUUCUGUCGUUGAAGAUGAGGAAGCGCAGAGGGCAAGUCUGACUGACUUACAAAGUCAAGCAUCUUCUCAGUUCAGAGAGCGCUGGAAGGAUUUCCAGAUUCUGAGGGAGAGGCUUGAAAGUGAACCACUUUCCCCCAAAGUUUCAGAAACAGAGUUUGCGCUUGAUGUUGUUUCUGAAGGUGGGGAUGUAUUUGAGGAUCAAAAUCUGGGCAUCGAUGAGCUGAUGGAGGAGCUAAAUAUGCCGCAAGACCUCAGAGAGGAGAUCACUUCAACAUUCCAACAUGCUAAAAGUUUUUACCCUGUUGAGGAGAGCACGUAUGUUGAAACUGUUCAAAACCACUCAGAUUCAGAGGAAGAUGUGGAGCAAUUUAUCCAAGCAUAUAACGAUGAAAUAAAGCAUUCCCCAGAGCUGGAUAGCAUAGCUGAGGAGACAAAACAAGUUCCUGAUGAACCUGAUCAGGAUCUGGAGUUAGAGACAGAAAGAGAUGAACCAUCAAAAUAUGAGGAGAUGGAGGCAAUAGAGCAUACAAUAAACAGGGAAUAUGGAAACACAACCAAUAUAGAUGCUGAUGAAGAAAAUGAUAAGGAAGAUUUGGGGAUGGAGGAUGAAAAAGAAGAUGGAGGAAUAGAGGAGGAUGAAACGAAUAAGAAGUGGGAAGACUGGGAGGAAAAUAAAGAAAAUGACCAGGAAUCUGUUGUGAAAGUAGCAGAGGAAACAGAGGAAGAGCUGACAGGAGAUGAAGACGAGAGAGGGGAGAGAUUGGAAGAAGGAGAGAAAGAAGAGGCUGAGGAAACAGAUGAAGGAUUAGUGGAUGAAGAGACAGAGGAGGAUGGUAGUGUUAAAGAUACAGAUGAGAGAGAGGGAGAUGAAGAGACAGAGGAGGAAGAAAAAGGUGAGAAAGAGGAAACUGAAGAGACGCAUGAUCAAAGCGAAGAAGAAGAAUUACUAACUGUAAUUAAUGAAGGACAGGAGGAUGAUGAAGAUUCAUCUUCAGAGGAUAAAGAGGAGGAAGAGGAAGGAGGCACUGAGAAAAUGGGGGGAGUUAUGAAAAAGAAAGAUGAAGAAGAGGAGAUAGAUGGGGAGGAGGAAGAAGAAGAGGCUGAUGCAGUUACUGGGACUCUUGUAGAUGAAGAAGUUAUGGAGGAAAAAGGUGAGGAAAAUGAGGAUGAUGAUGAAGAAGAGGAGAAAGAGCACUUUGCAGAGGUGCUUAGUGAGGGAAACAAUGAAGAGGAGGAGAACGAGGAGGAGGAAGACAAAGAACAAGAAGUGGACAAUUGUAGUGAGAAUGAGACAGAUAAAGAAAAGUGGGAUUAUGAUGAAGAUAGCAGAAACAUUCUGGAGAAAACAAGAAGUAGUGGGGAGGAAGAAACAGCAGAAAUGGAAGAAGUCAUUGAUGAGUUAGAGGGUGAAGAAAAUAUGACAGCAGAGCAGACUGUAGAUGAAGAGGAGGGGAAUGGUGAUGAAGAAAAUGAGUUAAAUGAGGGAUUAAAGCAGAUGGGAGCACAGCCAAAAGAUGAGGCAGAGAAAGCAAUCGCUUCAGAAGAUGUAGACAGUUUUGCUGAUGACGAGGACAGUAAAAAUGUGUUAGGAGAAGCCCCUUAUUUACAGCAGCACACCAGUAGCUGUGAAGAAGCAAAAGCUGAACAUGACACUGAAUCUUCAAGUAAAAAUUCCUCUGAAGGCCAGUGUGAGGAUGAUAAAUAUGCAGACACUGUUAAUGAAACAGAUGAGGGAGGAGAGGAGCAUGAGGAAAGAAGCAGCAGUUUAUCCCAUCCAGUGGAAAUAUCGCAGGAAUUACUUGACUUUGUUAAUUAUGCCCUCCAGUCUUGUUCACUGGUAUUCACGUAUGACACUCAGGGCAAAAUAAAGCUUGAACCUGACAAUGCCAGAGUCGUACAAACUAAGCAAAUGAAUCUACCACAAAGUAGAAAGGAUAGCUCUUAUGGUUUAAAAUGUCUCCCUAGCCCAAUCACUUCAGAUUUAUCUGAUUACAGACCAGAAACAUCAGAAAGUGGAGGAUAUAAAACUCAGGAAUCUGUAGACGUAGUCUCCGAGAGUGGAGAAGAGGCCUCACGAAAACAGUCUCCAGUGCACUCGUAUUCAGGACACUCAAUCAAGACAGCAAUUGUAAAGCAGACUGACUCUAAAGUAUCCUUGAUGAGUAGCUCAGAAGCCUUGCUCAAUUCCCGAUUAAAAAGUGCGGGGAGUUUUUCUUCCAGUGAUGCAGGCAUUAAAGUCUCAAGGGAGGACCUGUCUUGUUUCAGUGCUGCAAGCUCAUUAAAAGGAAACACUGAAGCUAGCUUGCAAAAUGUACAAUGCACAUCUGAUAAAGAAUCAGCUGACGGGGUUUUGAUUGAUCGAGGGAGAUGGCUCCUAAAGGAAAACCAUCUGAUAAGAAAAUCUCCUCCAGUCUCUCUGGGAAUGUACAAUAACUUGGAUAGCACAUCCAUAGACACAGGUCAGGAUAACACAAGCGAGGAUUCCCCACCUCACACCAAAACCCAGCACAGCCCCCUUGCAGCCAUAUCUUCAUCAGAGCUCGAGGAGCUGGCAAAGCCGCUUACUCCAAAGUGCACCUACUUCAACAUGCCACAUGGAAGUGACUCUGACCCCUUCUUAGAUGACUCCAGUAUCCGAAGUGGGAAACGUGAUGCAAGCAGUGUAAGAGGAAGAGGGUUCAGGGUGUCACCUACUGUUGAUACUUCUAAAACCUGGGCAAACAGAAAUGGCAGUCUGUCGUCAUUUGCAUCAGUUGAGUUUAAAAUCCCAGACAGAAAAGUGCAUCCUGAGGGUGAAUCCUCAGCUGUGACGCAGGCAAGAAGGACAUCUAAUGGGGAACAGGGUGCAUUGCAAGCACAAAACUCUCUGGACUCACUGCAUUUGAGAUGUGGCCAAUAUUGUCCCAUACUAUAAAAGUAGGACACUAUAUUUCACAGAAACAGUGCACGUAUUGUCAGAUUUUUUUUUUUAAUCUUAUGAUGCUGCUAGAAAUGUUUUAUUUUAGCUCAAUAAUCACCAACAAGAACCUCGUAGAUGUGUAGGAUGUUCAAGGAGAGCUGUGCCUCUUGUUUAUGUUGUAAUAUAGUCAAAAGUAUUUUUAUAUAAAGAGUAACUACUUUCAGUGAUAGUAAUGUAUCAUUGUUUGUUGUUGUUUUGUUUAACAGAUUGAGUGCUACUGAGUGUUAUCACUGAAUUAUCUGUUAUUGCAAGCACCACAAAUCGUUGAUUUCUUCUGGAAUAUAAUGCAAUACAUCUAAGAAACAUUUUUAUCUGCCAAGAAAGCAGAUUUAUGGCCUGUAUUUGUAUAUAUAAUUAAUCACAGGGCACACCUAGAAUCUGACUUAAGUCUUGCUUUACAUUUUACAUUAGAUGACCACUUCCGUUGUAACAAUCCAUAACAAUCUUUAAGCUACUCACCAAGGACAAUUAUAAUUGUAACUUUAGUUGUAGGAUUAUUUCCUAAACUCUAGACCCUUUCUCCAGUGUGCGCCCCCUUCUGGACCCCAUCAAAAGUUUUCUAGACCCACCCCUGCCUCUGUCAUUGUGUGCUUGCUUAGUGGAAACCUUUGGUUAUAUCUGUGAUAUUGUAAAGACUUCAUUGUACUGUGUAAAGUGUCCUACAACAAUGAAUUUGUGCAAUAACUAAAGUUGAGCUGAAAUCCAGAUGGGUUUAGAAGUCUUUUGGGGAAAAAAUGCAUGUUUUUCACACAUCACUGAUUGAUCAUAUUGAUGAACAGACUGGUUUUUUGUUAAUCACUUUAAUGCCAUUCUUAAACUGGCCCAAAGAUUCUAAUUUGUUCCCUCAAGAAUUGGUUAAGAGACCCAGAAGAGAGCAAAUAUGGAGUAAAUAUGGGAUUUCAGUUUGUUGGGUAACACAAAUGAUUAUGUUUCUAUGUAUCAGCAAUAUUUAGCUCCUCAAUAACUUAUAUCUGAUUAACUUAUUCUAUUAUUA